GAAAAACAGCCAUUUAAUUACGUUUCUGGCAGCAAAUUUCCCAAAACCAAAGAAUUCAAUUCCGUUAAAUAUAAAAGCCAUGCUAUCGUAUGGACCCUCGCGAAAAUCGAUACAUGAAUUUGUUAUCGCAUAUAUAAUAUGUUGUAGCCCAUGCUCCUUUUAAACGGUGUUUUUUACUGGAACCUGGGGUUGGAAAUCGCGCGCACGCAUUUGAAUGGCAACGAAGGGAACGUGAUCAAAAAAGAGGACAGCUGUUAUUUAUCUAUCGAGAUACGUCAACAUGAGAAGCUGAGAGGGGACACCACAUCUACAGUAUCAAAAGGUGGCUGCGAAGGUAUCUGCUUCGGUGUAAACAGCAUGGUGGUUCUCAAGGCAGCAGCAGCAUCUCUGGGGCGCUGUCUCUUCGGCGCCCUUGCCAAGCCGUCCCAGCGUCGGCGAUGGCCGCCCGUCCGGGGCUGCAGUCUCACCGCCAGCUCCAGCAGAUUCGUGUUGUCACGAGUGCACCCGAUGUGGCAGGAGCCCCUGGCCAUCCCUGGGGGUGACCGGCAGUCCCCAAUCAACAUCACCAUGCGCAAGAGCAUCUACGACCCCCACCUCCAGCCCCUCUCCAUUAGAUACGACCCCAGGACAUGCCAGCAGAUCUGGAACAAUGGAUACUCCUUCCUGGUGGAGUUUGACGACACCACGGACAAAUCCACACUCAGAGGUGGGCCCCUGGAAGACCAAUAUCGGCUCUGCCAGUUCCACUUCCACUGGGGGGAGAGCAACGCCUGGGGCUCGGAGCACACUGUGGACCGCUGCCUCUACCCAGCUGAGCUCCACCUCGUCCACUGGAACUCGGAGAAGUACAGUCUGUUUGAGGAGGCGGUGAUGGAGGAGAACGGGCUUGCGGUCAUCGGCAUCUUUCUGAAGGUGGGGAAGAGACACGACGGUCUGCAGAAACUGGUGGAUGCCCUCCCUGCAAUCAGGCACAAGGACAGCGUGGUGGAGUUCACUAGAUUUGACCCCGGCUGCCUCCUGCCAUCUAACACAGACAACUAUUGGACGUAUGCAGGCUCCCUGACCACCCCCCCGCUGACGGAGGCCGUCACCUGGAUCAUCAUGAAGCAGCACAUCGAAGUCAGUCAUGACCAGCUGGCGGUGUUCCGGAGCCUUCUGUUUACCUCUGCCGAGGAGGAGGCGCAAAAGAGCAUGGUCAACAACUUCCGCUGUCAGCAGCCCCUGAGGGGGCGGACUGUGCGCUCUUCUUUCUCCCCAUUCCUCCAUGAAGACGUGUCCAGUGAGGCAGCAGGCCGCUGAGUUCUGCCUAGAGCUGCCACUGUCUGCAGGAGGGGGGCUCCUAGUGGUGGGGAAUGGUACUGCAGCAUAAAAAAUGGGCAGGAUAAUCUUAGGUCAGCGUUUUGGGGGGGCGCAUACUACAUAAUUUAUGUAUUAAUAAGUUGUUCAGCAUGGAUGCAGUAACUGAACAGCAGUUUUAAAACCAGUCUAGGUGGUUAUAUUUCAGUAUUUCUGACCAAAUUUUCAUAUAUAUAUAUAUAUAUAUAUAUAUAUAUA